AUGGCGGAUCUUUUCACUAUUAUUGCUGUAAUUUCAAUGGUUAUUACAAGUUUCAUCGGUGUGCUGGUUAGUGUCUACAUAUUCUUGAAAUUUGCCAGGAAGCCUGGAGAAUUCAGUGAUUUCCACAAAUUUUGCCUUAUAAAGACUAUCCCCGAUAUCUUCGUUUGUGGAGCAUUUCUGUUUUGGGUUGCUCCAGUGACAGCUCUUUCUCUUACUUAUGCAAAAGUUCCAUAUCUUCCAAAUGUUUUUAUCGGACAGAUUGCAAGUGGUGGUGCAUAUAUUUUGGGCGCGAGUAUUCAAAUGUGUAUGGCAGCAAAUCGGUUUUUUGUAAUUUAUUUCCCAUUUCGUCAGCAUAAGUCAAAAAGAUCUUAUGUGACAUAUUUUGCAAUUGCUGUAUGUCUUGGACUAGCAAUUACCUAUACUUUGCUAGGUUUAAGAAAACUGUGCGCCUACGUCUAUGACCCCGAGAUAUUUUCAUGGAGAGUUGAAGAAUCCACAUGUGCUGAUCAAAUGACAACUCUUAUUUUCUGGUCAAUCAUUGUCCUCGCUGUCACCUCUAACAGUUUUAAUGUACUUACUGCUAUCAAGUUCCUGUGUACUCAGAGUUCCGGAAUGCGACAAGCUGAUGCUGCCCGAAGAAGAAAGAAGCGUCUAUGGCUCUUUGUGCAAUGUGUCAUACAGGACUGUCUGCAUCUGACAGACCUAAUAAACAGUAUUUUUAUAUUCGAGCUCAGCGACAAAGUCUGGUUCCGUUAUAUCUUUCUGUGCUACUCGUUUCUUGCAAUACACGCCGCGGAUGGAAUAGUCAUGCUUUACUUUAACCCGGAAGUUCAACCAAAGUGGUUCCGGCAGAUAACAAAUGGCCGUCAUUCGUCUAGAACUGGAGUCGUUGUUGUCUCCUCACAUCAUUCCAUGAAUGCAGCUAAAUAAAUGCUCACGUGAUUUUGCUUACUGAAGAAAAUUAUAAUAAUUGUAGAGGUUUUGGAAAUUUCAGGAAAUUUAAUAAAGUUCGAGAAAGU